AUGGAUACCCAAGGCACUCCUCCCGCUGCACUGUUGUUUCUCUCUCACUCUCUUCCCUUUCUCUCACUCUUACCGUCCUCCUCUCUUACAUCGCACUCCCUCCCUCUUUCUCCCCGUCUCUCCCACACGCCCUCCCCCCUGCCUCUAAUCCACACUCCUCUUGUACCCCAUCUCUCUCUCUCACUCUCUGUCUCUCUCUCUCACUCUCUCCCCUCUCACUCUUCACACCCCAUACCCUUCUUAGCUCGACCCCCCUGUAUCCUGUGA